CAGAGAUAUUUUAUAUGUUGCAAAUAUUAGGAAUAUUAAUAACUGAUGCGGUCAUAGGUAACAUUUCAAACAUCUGUUUCUAGAUGCACAUCAUUCCACAAGUUAUUCCCAGGCAUUAUUAUGACGUGUAUAUAUAUAUAUAGGAAGACGACUCACCGGCCUCCCCCAUACAGCUAGAGAAUGUGAUAAACCCACUUCAUUAGUUAUUUUCCCCAACGUGUACAUGGCCUGCUGCAGAAACGUUUUAAUAUAGUUAACUUUUGGAAGAUUUCACGAUGCUUUGGCGGUGCGUUAUCUGCUGCGUUUUUAUAACUUUUUCACUGAAAUUAUUAUUGAGCCAUAUUAAUCGACUGCACAGUCGCAGCUCUGACUUCAGGUUGCUCUGUGGCAUUGAUGGAUGCACUGAGGAAUAUAGAGUGUACAACUCAUUCUACCAUCAUGUAAAGAGAAGACACUUUCAACAUCUUCUUGAAGACACCAGACCUGGCGACGCCACACGUGGAUAUGAAAACCGACAGGAGGAAACCCAAGGACCGCAGCAAAAAGACAACAUUCAACCCGAUCAGCUUCCAGCCGACUCCAGCAGCGAGGAUCAGAACCUUCACACACCUGACUCAGUUGAAGAGCAAAUGGGCAUCGACCAAGAUGGAGCUGUCACAGUGCACCAAGAUCUGACAACACAUGCCACUGCCUUUGUUAUCAAUGCCCGAUCCAAGCAUCGUCUGUCACAGAAAGGCAUGAAUGACAUUGUUGCUGGGGUACAGCAGUAUCAAUCAUCACUAUUGGACAACCUCAGGACGCAGAUGAAGGAAGUUCUAAAGAAGAAUUCAGGAAGUACAACCAAUCAACUUGGAAAAGAUGCAAUGGAUAUAUUUGACAGUUUCAUUGACCCCUUUGCUAACGUUUCAACAACAUUUCGCCAGAACAGUGUUAUUAGGAAGCAGUUUUGUUGUGUGGAUGCAGAGGAAAUUCCAAUUGCUCGAACCAUAUGCAGGAAGAAACGUGGAGGAUCAACAGAUUUUGUCAUCAAAGACAGAUUAUUUUAUUAUGUACCAUUAGUCAAAAGUGUAGAGCAGUUCCUAUUACGUCCGAGGAUUUUGACUAUGAUUGAAGAGGUACCCCAGAGGUGCAGUGAAGGUUUUUUUCAUGACCUUGUUGAUGGUUCUCUUUUAAAAUCUCAUCCCUUAUUUUCAGAGAAACCAAAUGCACUGCAGAUUAUUCUGUAUACAGACGAAAUAGAGAUCUGUAAUCCACUAGGAUCCUUUUCAUCAAAGAACAAGUUGUUAAUGGUGUACUACACCCUAGGAAAUAUAAAUCCAAAAUACAGGUCUAAGCUGGCUGCUAUUAGGCUACUUGCGAUGGCUAAAUCAGCAGACCUCCGUCAAUCUGGUGUAGAUGUAAUAUUGAAUAGAAUAAAGGAAGACAUGGAUGCAUUGUACAGUGGUGUUAAAAUUCAAACUAUUAACGGGGAGAAAACAAUACAUGGUGCUAUGGUUUCUCUCUGGCGACACCCUGGCACAGCAUGAACUCGCAGGGUUUAAAGAAGGAGUGGG